CCGCCAGCCUCUCAACACCGACAGGAGACUUGAGCCUCUCCCUAUACGCGCCAACGCCAGCCAUCACUCCCAGCGACGAGCCACGGCGUCGUAGUAUCACUAACACCAUGUCCACAGCCAUCGCCUCCCCUCGAACAGCGCUCGAUCUCCACCGCCGCUCCUACUCCCCCGUGCCCUCUCCACCACCACUUGACGGCAUUUUCGACUUCGCCCCUCCUGUCCCGCUCUCCACGAUCCGCGUGCCUUCACUCAGUGACAUUCUCGAAGAGCGCACGCCUCGCACAACCGGCUCCUCUCAUUCCAACAUCAAAUCACUCGAAGGCAACGCGUCAACUGCCUCAGACCCCGAAGCCCAGCUUAUAGAUCGUCCCAAACGCCGCCGCGAUGUACUCAUGCCGGGGUUUCGGAAUCAACCCCCAUUCAUAAUAUGGCUGCGAUAUUGUUGGCUCGGUAUUUUGACGCAGCUUCUCUGCUUGCUCGUCGCAGAGCUCAUAUACCUCUUUGCUACACCGCUUAUGCCACGCUAUUUUCCGUUAUACCCGGGUGUGUGGACGAGCGCGUGGGGGAUGAAGUAUGGACAGCCGUAUCUGGGAGAGUAUAUCUCAACGCUUGUGAGUGCGGUGGUUUCGUUCACCGUCCCGCUGGUGGUCAUGGGCGCAAUCGGGCUGUGGUACGUCCGCGACUUCUGGGAGUCAAAUGCUGCUAUCAUGGGCCUAGGCUACGCUCUCGCAACAGCAACCCUCUUCCAAUCCUUCAUCAAAUGGUUCAUUGGCGGCUUACGUCCGCACUUCCUCUCCAUUUGCCUCCCUUCUAUCCCACAACCACUUCCCGGUCUCGGGCCCACAGUGUGCACCGGCGAUCCGCAUCUAGUGAGAGAGGCGCAGAUGUCUUUCCCCUCGGGGCACUCGAGCGCUGCGUUCGCUGGGUUCGGAUUCCUCGCUUUAUACCUCAACAGCAAACUUAAAGUCAUCGGGCGAAAGCCCAAUACAAACGCAGUCUUAGCGGAAGAAAAAGAAGGAGAAGAAGAGAAAGCAGAACUUGGGCGCGAUGAGAAUGGAGCUGAGCGAAAGGCAACUGGAACAGAGCGAAAGGCAACUGGAACAGAGCGAAAGGCAACUGGAACAGAGCGAAAAGCGACUGGAACAGAGCGGAAGGACACUGGAACAGAGCGGAAGUACAAUGGAGCUGAAAAAGAGAGAACGUGGAAGACUCAGCACUGGCACUUCAUCCUUUGGGUUCUCCCCUGGUUAGUCGCGCUCCUGAUCGCAGCGAGCAAGAUCAGAGACGGCUGGCACCAUCCGGCUGAUGUGCUGUUCGGGAGUCUGGUGGGUGUUUUGUUUGCACAUAUGGCGUACUGGUGUGUAUUCAGGGGUGUGUAUGAUGGGAGGGUCAAUCAUUUGCCGAGGGAUUGA